CAUCAUUUAUACCUUAGGCCAUUGCUGCCUCGCGUGUCAGCCCCGUCUUGUCAGCUUCCCCAGACUGCCAUCAUCAAAGCUGAGCUCUGCGCCUACAGCUCUCUGCUUCGUUCUUUCGCUUUUCUGAAUUUUUACAAAGUAUUAGCGCCCGAGCGCAUUAUUUCUUUUCGCUGGAAUAUCAUUCUUCCCAGCUGAAAGAUUUGGCUAGGUGGUUUGCUACUAUGUCCGCCUCCACGGACUUGCCAUAUGUCCCUUUCCAAGCUUUCCCGUCUGAUGCUCCGAAGACAGGUGGGGACAGCUUAAAGGAAGAUCUCAAUGUCUACUACGAGACAGGAAACAUCGCAUGGAUCAUCACAUCCACAGCUCUCGUGCUGCUUAUGAUUCCCGGUGUGGGGUUUUUCUACUCCGGACUUGCUCGAAGAAAGUCCGCCUUGUCGCUAAUAUGGCUGUCAAUCAUGGCUACAGCCGUGGUGACUUUUCAAUGGUUCUUCUGGGGCUACUCUUUGGCUUUCUCCCACAAGGCUGGCAAAUACAUCGGUGCUCUGGAUAAUUUUGGCUUUAUGGAUGUCCUCGGCGCACCUUCCGUCGCGGCAUCCGGCAUCCCGGACCUCCUCUUUGCCGUAUACCAGGGUAUGUUCGCGGCUAUAACUGUCGCUCUGGCUGUGGGUGCCGUCGCGGAACGUGGCCGUAUGUUGCCCUGCGUCAUUUACAUGUUUGUCUGGUCGACCAUCAUCUAUGACCCGAUCGCUUGCUGGACAUGGAAUCCCUCUGGCUGGGCUGCUAAAAUGGGCAGUCUCGACUUCGCCGGUGGUACUCCGGUACACAUUGCCUCUGGGUGCGCCGCACUUGGCUAUUCUUAUAUGCUUGGCAAGAGACGUGGUCACGGUACACAGGAGCUCAACUAUCGUCCUCACAACGUAACCCAUAUUGUCAUCGGUACAGUAUUCCUGUGGGUCGGCUGGUUUGGCUUCAACGCUGGCUCAGCAGGAGCUGCUAACCUUCGCGCUGUGCUUGCCGCAAUGGUGACCAACUUGGCUGCUUGCGUUGGUGGCAUUACCUGGUGCUUGGUCGAUUACCGCCUUGAACGCAAGUGGUCUACUGUUGGUUUCUGUUCCGGUGUCAUUGCUGGACUCGUCGCGAUCACUCCUGGCUCCGGUUUUGUUCCUGUCUGGGCCGCUGUUCCCUUCGGUGUUUUGGGUGGCGCUAUUUGCAACUAUGCCACCAAGCUCAAGUACUUUAUGCGUUGCGAUGAUGCGCUCGACAUUUUCGCUGUUCACGGCGUCGGUGGCUUUGUCGGAAACAUCCUGACCGCUUUCUUUGCUGCGGAUUAUAUUGCUCAUCUCGAUGGCUCGACUGAGAUUGAUGGCGGAUGGCUCAAUCACCACUGGGUCCAGCUUGGCUACCAGAUUGCCGAUUCUGUCGCAGGCGCUGCCUACUCUUUUGCCGGUACCUGCAUCAUCCUGGGUGUCAUCGGGUUCUUAGGCAACUACUUCCCGGUCUUGAGGCUCCGCGCCACUGAGGAAGAUGAAAUACUGGGUAUUGACGACGUCGAGAUCGGCGAAUUUGCUUAUGACUACGUUGAACUCAGCCGUGAAGCCAAAAUCCCCGAGGAUGACGACGCACAGUCGACGCACCGUUCGGUCAGGUCUAAUCGCAACGAGCCGCCCGAGAAGAACCAUGCUUCAAUGGGCUUAAGUAAUCCGUAAUCCGAUGACUAUUCGUUGAAUAAACUUCAUAAUUCAUCUUCUAAAUUGCGCAUCUGCGUAAGGGUGCCAGGGGCUUCUGGAGUGGCUCGUUUUGGAGAAGUGUUUGUUAGUUGCCUGUAGAUAGAUAUCGACAAACCACAUUGGGGUCGAUUGAUAUUGAUAUCUUUAAGCCCUCCCACUUGGCAGGCGUUCUGCGGAUGAGGCAAUGACCUGUAGAGUUUACAUUUGGCACCGGAUAAUUUGCCCACCCCCUCUAAAUAUUUUGCCCAUCCCACGUAACAGCAUCUACAGAAUUAUAUGAUGUGUUUUCUACUCUUUGAAAUUUUAGGUCUCUAUACCCUUAUAAGUACCUUCAUACCCCU